AUGAAUGAACCGGCUGAGGCUUCGCUAUCUCGUUCCAGUACCAGAUCGACAGCUUAUACUACAUGCCCUCCUUCGCCAACUUUGAGCGAUUCCAAUAGCUCUCUCAUAUUUGAACGUAAUGUGGAGGACCCUUGUUUGAUGACACAGGCUCAUUCGCCACAGGAAGGUUUCUCCAAGCACGGUAGUACUACCAGUUUACUAUCUCGUCACAACAGCAACCAGUUCCCAGGGCUCAGGUCACGUGGUUCGACUGCUACGAUACCACACUCACCUCUUAUGGAGGGCCAGUCACCAGAGUACGUUAUGCCAAGUUUAGAUCAUCGACGCACUUUGGAGAACUUUGUGGCUCCUGCGCUGGAUGCUGGAUGUUGUGUUGUGACGGACGAUAACGCGGAUUUGGAUGAUAUGGAUAUUGUUUAUAUGAAGAGGCCCUCUACGAUGGGGCUUGAUAUGGCAUUGGGGCGUACAAAGAGUAAUUCGAGUUCUACUAUAACUUCGGCAAAUCAAGAUACCCAACAAACCGUUCCACAACUUUCGUUAUCACGGUCGUAUUCGAAUUCCACUAAUAAUGAUCAUACCAGGACCCUACGGUUCUAUUCGUAUGCGGAUAUGUUAUCAGAUGAAAUGGCUCAGACAAGUCCAAAUCCAGGGCGCAAACCUUCACUGGGUUAUUCGCUCUCUUCUUCUCAUAUAAAAUCCAGUCCACAACAGAGGCCCUCCGUGGUUACUAAUUUUUCCAAUCCUUUCAUUAAACGCCGUGAUUCAGCAACGGCAACACAAGGAGGUUCAAAAUUAACAAGGCGUUAUUCAAACACUUUACUCUCGCGUUCUCCUCCUCAGCCAAGGGCUGCUUCUCAGAGACAAGGUAACCGCUCCGCGAGGUCAAAUUUCCACGUAGAUUCGAGCGGCAGCGAUGAGCUGUCUACGGAUGAAGACGAAGAUCCACACCAUCAGUCACUGCCCCCGCCUGCAUCGCAACCCCCAGCACAACUAAUGGGUCCCCGGAUCUCCCGUGCAAACACGCAGGGCAGCAGCUCGGCGGGUUGUUCACCGCUGUUUGUAGCUCGCUCGUACUCCAAUACGGGGCCUCCCGCAAGUCUGGGUUCACCAUCAAUAAUAAGAAGACGUGAGAGUUCCGGGAUCUAUCCACAACCUUCCAUCAAUAACGUGCUAAUGCACGACGAUACUUUGCAGGUAGAAAAAGUUGGCGAAGUGCUCAAGAGAAGGGCCAGUAAUAGGAAGGACAACCUGUAG